GCAGACCAUGACCCUGGUCGCGGCCUCGCCCGUCCCAGCCGCCGUCGUGCACACCGUCAGGAGGUUCAAGAGCGAGCCGCUCUCUGCGGCGCUCGCGUGCAUCACUGCGUCGCGAUUGGCCGGGAGCGCCGAGGUCGCCGCGGCAUGCGUGCGCGCGGGCGCCAUCGAUGAGGCCCUGGGCCUCAUGGACCUGUACCCAGGCCACGGCGGCGUGCAGAACGUGUGCCUGAUGGUCCUCGGGGUGGUCCUGAAGGAGAAGGACACGGCGCGGCAGGCCCUGUCCAUGGGCGCCGUGUCGCGGGUGCUCCGGGCCAUGGAGUCGACCGAGGGCCGCGAAGUGCAGAACAACGGCCUGGCCGCGCUCCGCCUCCUCACCGACACCGGCCGGGGGCCCAGGGGUGGCCUCCACGACGCGGCGGCGCGGGCGAAGGAGGAGGUGCAGGAGGCGGCGAUGCGCUCCAAGGCGUCGCACCAGAACGACGAGGUGGUCCAGAAGGCCGCCAACGACGUCCUGGCCCUCGUGACCCCGCGGUUCAAGGAGGUGCUCUGCUGGCACUGGCAGAGCGGCUGGUGCAAGCUGGGGCCGCGGUGCACGUACGCGCACGGCCCCAACGACCUCCGCGUCGGCUGACCCGCGCUCCGCCGUCCAGCAGCGCAGAGGGCUCCCCGGCUGGGUGGGCCGAGCUCCUCGCAGCACGGGUGGUAGAGUCCCGAAGUUUUUGUUCUCUAUCUCCGGGCCUCCAACCCCUCUCCGUCGACCCAGAAGCUCUCUCAAGUCUGCUGGCCUCGGUCCCCGCUGGUGUCGGUGUCUCGCUGAGCGGAUCCGGCAGCAUGUGGCGAGGUUGGGUGAGAUGAGAGAGGCCUGCUGAAGGGUGCGCUUCGUGGCUCAACAAAGGUCGAUGGGC